AUGGAGAAAUAUCAAAGAAUCAAAGAAAUUGGGCGUGGAUCAUAUGGGGUUGUCUAUAAAGCAUUGAAUACGGAGAAUGGCGAACUGGUUGCAGUCAAGAAGAUGAUCGGCAGAAAGUAUUAUUCGAGUAAAGAAUGCAUGAAUCUGAGAGAAGUCAAGUCGCUAUGCAAGAUGAGGAAUCAUCCUAACAUUGUCAAGCUCAAAGAAGUUAUCGUACAAAAGAACAUAUUGUUCUUGGUGUUUGAAUACAUGGAAUGCACUCUCUUCGAUCGUAUGAGAGACAGAACAAAUCCCUAUUCUGAAACCGAGAUCAGAAACUUGUGUUUCCAAAUCUUUCAAGGUCUUGCGUACAUGCAUGGCACGGGUGGCUACUUUCAUCGCGACCUUAAACCAGAAAACCUUCUUGUUUCCAAGGAUGUAAUCAAGAUUGCGGAUCUUGGUCAAGCUCGUGAGAUCAAUGGCGAACCUCCAUACACCCAUUAUGUUUCAACACGCAGGUAUCGUGCCCCUGAGGUUCUUCUCCAUGCAAUGGAACAUGAUUCUUCAGUUGAUAUGUGGGCAAUGGGUGCAAUCAUGGUUGAGUUAUUUACCCUCCGACCACUGUUUCAAGGUUCUUCUACAACAGACGUAAUACGCAAGAUUUGCAGCGUGAUCGGCAGCCCAACAGACGCCACAUGGAGUUUGUUCAAUUAUCGGUUUCCAGAGUUUCCGGGUGUGGAUCUUUCUUCAUUGUUACCAUCUGCAAGCCCAGAAGCAAUCAAUCUGAUUUCUACCCUCCUUUCAUGGAGUCCAUGCGCAAGGCCAACAGCCAAAGAGGCUCUUGAGCAUCCAUUCUUCUAUGGGUGUUCCCAUAUUCCACACCCCCAAUUCGAACGUGUUACUUUGUCUCCAAUGAUCAGAAACCGAGCGCUACCGGUUAGGGUUAGAUCCAGGAUUUAA